AUGGCGGACGCGAGUGAGACAAUCAACUCCUCCAUCACCAAACAAUCAGCACCGCACCCGGACCCCGCAGCGGCCCUGGCCGACGCCCGCCACGAAUUCGGCGAGCACGGCGGUGUGAACAUGUCGAUCGAGGCCUCCGUGACCUUCACGGUCAUGGAUCCCGACGACCUGCGGCGGAUCAACUCCGGCGAGCUUGGCCCCGAGCAGGGAAACUACAUCUACAGCCGCCAGAGCAAUCCGACGGUGCACGCCCUCGGCCGCCUCAUGGCCGCUCUCGAGGGCACCGAGGCCGCCUACUGCACCGCCUCCGGCAUGUCCGCCAUAUCCUCCGUCCUGCUCCAGCUGUGCAGCGCGGGGGACCACGUGGUGGCCUCGCGCACCCUCUACGGCGGGACCCACGCGCUCCUCGGCGAGUUCCUGCCACGCGCGUGCGGGCUGCAGGUGUCGCGCGUGGACGUCAGGGACCACGAGAUGGUGCGACGGGAGAUGGUGGCGGGGAGGACCAAGGUGCUGUACUUCGAGGCCAUGUCCAACCCGGCGCUGACGGUGGCUAACGUGCCCGAGCUGUGCAGGAUAGCGCACGAUAAGGGGGUCACGGUGGUUGUUGACAACACUUUUGCCCCCAUGGUGAUCUCCGCCGGGAGGCUCGGUGCUGACGUCGUCGUCCACAGUAUCUCUAAGUUCAUCAGCGGUGGCGCAGAUAUACUUGCAGGUGCAGUUUGUGGACCGACCAACCUAUUGAAUUCCAUGAUGAGAGUUGAAGAUGGAGCUUUCAUGCUGUUGGGUCCCACCAUGAACCCGAAGGUAGCCUUCGAACUCUGGGAGAGGCUCCCUCAUCUGGGCCUCCGGAUGAAGGAGCACUCCCGACGGGCCUUGGAGUACGCCACAAGGAUGAAGAAACUCGGCCUCAAAGUCAUCUAUCCCGGCCUUGAAGAUCAUCCCGACCACGCCCUUUUCAACUCCAUCUCCAAUAAAGAGUACGGUUAUGGAGGGAUUUUGUGUGUGGACAUGGAAACCCAGGACAAG